AUAAAAGCCGAGCGGCUCCCCGUCUUUGUUUACAGCACGGAGCAGGGAAGCGGAGCAACACGUUGACUUACUCACUUUUAAAUUUGGGAUAUAUUUUUUUGAAUUAAGCAAAUAUGGUCGCCAUGACGAAGAGAUUAAAAACCUUCCAGGUUGUCUUCACGGACCCGAGCAAGACUUUUUACUGCGGCGGGGACCGAGUGUGUGGACGGGUGGAGGUGGAGGUGAACGAGGUGACCAGGGUGUCCGCGAUGAAGCUUCUGGGUCUGGGCUGCGCCAAGGUGGAGUACGCCAAAGGCAAGCAGCGGUGCAGACAGGAGGCCGAGUAUCUCAGACAUGAGGAGGUGCUGCUGAUGGACGACCAACCCUCAGACUCUGAUGGGUCAGUCGUCUUGAGGCCUGGCAACAAAUACAACUACACCUUUGGAUUUGAGCUCCCCCAGCAAGGGCAGCUGGUGUCCUCAUACAAGGGGAAGUUUGGAUACGUCCACUACUAUGUGAAAGCCAUGAUGGAGAGGCCACAGCAGCCCACCCUCGAGUGCAAGAAACCCUUCGAGGUGGAGGAGCCUCUGGAUGUCAACACCCCAGAUCUGCUGUCCCCAACAGGUGGCAUGAAGGAGAAGAAAGUCACCUGCAUGUUCAUCCCCGACGGGCAGGUGUCGCUGAACGUCAAGAUCGACCGUCGCGGUUUCUGCGAGGGCGAGGACAUCUGCAUCAACGCAAAGUUCGAAAACACCUGCUCUCGAAUCGUGGUGCCCAAGGCCGCCAUCAUCGCCAAACACAUCUACCAAGCCAACGGACGCACCAAAGUCUUCCGACAGAAGCUGUCCUCGGUCCGCGGGAACCACAUCAUCUCAGGCAUGUGCGACGCCUGGCAGGGGAAAACCAUCCGAGUGCCAAAGAUCAAACCGUCCAUGCUUGGCUGCAACAUCAUCCGUGUGGAGUACGCUCUGAUGAUCUACAUCCACAUUCCUGGUAGUGAGAAGCUGAUCCUGGAGCUGCCGCUGGUCAUCGGGACUGCCGGCCUUGGCAGCCGAAGCAGCAGCGUGAGCAGCCAGGAGGGUUCGGUUAGCAGCGCGUCGCAGAGCUGGGUUUCCCUCAGGAUGCCCUCUAACCCUCCCAGCUACUGCGACAUCACCCGCGACUGCCGCCUUGACCAGCCACUCACGCCACUCCUUGAUGACUUCGAUGGCGACGACAGCCCCAUCUUCAUGAACGUCCCGUCCUUCCAGUUCCCGCCACCUCCAGCAUACACUGAGACUGAAGAGGAGUUCAAUGGCAACGCCCGCAUGAUGCCAGUGUGUUGAAGUCCUAGCGGCGACUCUUCGAACUGUGGUCCAGCUCUCAGGGACCGUCCAUUAAAAGGCACUUGGAAAGGAACAGAAAGGCCAAACUCCAGAAGGAGAUGUGUUGGAUUAAGAAAUAAAGCCAGGAUUGUGGAGAUAAGAAAGACUCUUUGCCUGGUGUCUUGCCACGCUUCGUCAACCUAUGCUGAGCUUGAGUCUUCCUCGUGGUGCUCUUCAAGUCAUGGACUUGGAGGUUGAAGCCACAGAGCUUGUGGCGCGCUACAUUUCUGAAUAAGCUGUCCCUUCUUUAGAGACUCGAGCUGUCCGGGGGUCUCACUGUCCAAUCACAGCCACUUUAUGACUUUUGUUAUUGGGGCCAAGCAUUGUAUUAGUCAGCCCCCCCUUCUCCCCUCAGCAUGCUGUGACAUCUUUGCUUUAUGUUUUCGGGGUUUGCAUUUUUCACACGAUGCUUCGUCAUUCCAGUGAUUUCACUAGAGGAACCAUCUUUUUGUGUGUAGUCCAGUGAGUUAUUCGUUUGAGUUUGUCAGGAGUAAUGUUGCCUAUGAGAAUUUGAGCAUGUAGAAUAAUUUUCCUUUGAUGCAACGUUUUCUUGUGUACCAGUGUUUGAAAAAAAUGGUUUAUUCCUUUUUAUUUUUUGCACUUUUUUUGAUUUUUUUUGCUCUACUACUGCCUCUAGGAGUUGAUGUUUUGUUUUUUGAUGUGGAGUGUGAACCUUUCCUUAAAGCAAAAAAAAAACACUCUUUGAAACCUCACAUUCGAUUUCCAGAUCCCGGUUUUAGUGGUUGGCUUUAAAUUUUCUUGACACACACAAGUGCCAAACAUCAUGGAAAGCACCUUUUUUUUAUGUCAGGAUAAUCGUUGUGUCUGAUAAUGUUGUCCUGGAUAACAUUUCACUCCACUGUGGUUGUUUCACGACUUUUAUUUGUUUUUGUUUUUAGGGCUCAAAGAAAGAUCACUGUUAUAAAAGACUUGAUUUGUGACAAAGUAUGUUUGCAAUGCAUCCUUGAUACAAGUAUUUUUGUAUGAAACCCCAUGGGUUUGUUUGUUUUUUUAAAAUAAACA